AUGGAUGAAGACAACGACCACCAACCACAACCCGUACCUGAAGUUUCUACCCGGUCUACAAGGCAAAGAGGAGGAAGGACAGUUUGUUACAAAGAAGAUUCAGACGACGAGGAUCUGUACAAGAGAAAACCCCGAAUUGCACCCGUUCCAAAAGAAGUUAAAGAAGUCCAUAUCACAGGCGAAGAAUCAGAAACAAGUACUUCACAGCGAAAGAAAAAAGAAAAAGUAAAGAAAACGGAGAAAACUAAAAAACCCGUUGAAGAAGAGGAAGAAGAAAUGUCUGAUGAAGAUUGGAAAAGAAUGAUGAUGAUAAAGAUUUGGAACAGAAUGAUGAUGAUAAAGAUUUGGAACAGAAUGAUGAUGAUAAAGAUUUGGAACAGAACGAUGAUGAUAAAGAUUUGGAACAUAACGAUGACGAUAAAGAUAAAGAUGAAGAUAACUAAUCGUGUCGUUAUUUUCGAAAAUAAUUGUAUUGUGUAUGAACUUAUAACUUGA